AUGCCGCCGAUGCGGGCGUCAUGGGCGUUUGACUGCUCCAAGCCAUCGGGACGGGCCUUGACUUGCUAUUUUAAGCUUGAACGAAGGGCGGCAGGAUCCUUCCCCCAUCUCGUCUCCACUUCGACGGCAGUCCCCAGACUCCAGUAUUGGGGUACUCGUGGUGGCGCUCAAUCGUGCCACGCGCUGCAUGUGGGACGCCCCUUUGCGGCUGCGACACCUCUGCCACGGCACAGGAUCAUUCCGCUCCUCAAGUUCAAGGUGACAGGGACACCAGCUCAGAGUGCCCGAGAAAUCGAUUGUUCUUUGUUGAUACGCAGAUCCAAGGUGGCGACUGUGUGA